AUGUCUUCCUUGAGCACCUUUGAUCUCUUUAAUGUCAAGGGCCGCGUGGCGGUAGUCACCGGUGGGAGUAGCGGCAUAGGACUCAUGAUAUCCAAAGGAUUAGUGACGAAUGGGGCCAAGGUCUAUCUGCUGGCUCUGCCGAGUGAUCCAAUUGCCGAAAUUGUUCAAGACCUGAACAUCUUGGGGCGUGAUACUGGAGGAAGCGCUGAAGGAUUCCCUUGCGAUCUUUCGUGUAAGGACUCGAUCAAUACGCUUGCCCGGAAGAUCACCUCAAAGGAAAGAAGUCUGGACAUGCUUAUCUCGAAUGCGGGAAUCCGCCGCGAUCCACCGCAAGCAUGUAAUGUUCUCACGGCGCCGCUGGACGAACUCCAAGCUUCGAUGUGGUCAAUUGAUCAAAAGGAUUGGGAGGACACCUUUCGCGUGAAUACCACAGCUCAUUACUUCCUUAGCGUGGCCUUCCUACCAUUACUUGCUGCGGCCGCCGAUCAACCAACGAGCGACGGCGGCAAGGGUCAAGAUGAGGGAAGAGGGGUCAUUGUCAUUACCAGCUCCUGUGCGAGCAUGCAUAAUGCUACAAAUGUGGAUCUGACGAGCUAUGCAACAAGCAAGGCAGCAACGGAUCACUUGGUAAAAUUGUUGGCGGCCAAGUAUAAUCGGUUCUACGUCCGAGUCGUGGGCAUCAACCCCGGAUUUGUUCCCAGUAAUAUGAAUCCCGUCGGCGCCGCCGGAAAUAUCUUCAGUUCGCUUUUCGACAAAGUGCCAGCGAAAAGAGCGGGCGCUUCCCAGGAUAUCGCAGGAACGGUGCUUUACCUUGUAAGCAAAGCCGGGUCAUAUGUUGAUGGUGUUUCGCUCUGCGUGGAUGGGGGUCGCAUUCUGUUAGCGAACGGGCAGGAGUAG